CAUGGCUCUCCUGCGCCGAACAUUCGCCACCUUGUUUCUUCACCUGUGCCUCCUCAACUGGACCGCGUGGGCCAAGGUGGAGCUGACUAUGCACAAGGUCGUCGAGGUGUACCUGGGUGAGUCGGCUCAGAUCCCCUGCCAGUACAACUUCACCGACGGCGACGACGAGCCCAGCUUCGUCAUGAUCCAGUGGUUCGUGACGGCUGCCGGUAACAGCGCACGGAAACGCAUCUUCUACGGCGACGGCGGUCAGCAGAUAGUGGACAAUAACACCGACUACAGCGGUCGCAUCGAGGUGACCCCGGACAGGCAGGAAACUCGACUCACCAUCAGAGACGUCCAGCUGUACGAUGAGAGGGAAUUCUUCUGCCAGGUCAACGGGCUGGCUGCCGGGAACGCCGAGGGAAAGACCCACCUCAGAGUGUUUGCUCCUCCAGAGGCUCCAGUGAUCGAGGGUGUCCCGACUGGCAUAUCCAUGACCAAUGAGGUGCCGUCAAAGGUUGCUUCGUGUGAGGCUCGCAGCGGCUUCCCUAAACCCAACAUCACGUGGUACAGGAACGCCGUGCCCCUGGCGUCCGCUCCAGGACAUGUAAACGUGUUGAUCCUGGUAACCCAGCAGUCCAGUGGCUUCUUCUCCGUCCAGAGCACGCUGGAGUUCAAGGUGGGGAAGGAGGACAAGGAUGCCCAUUUCUCCUGUGAGGUCAGCUUCUUUGUCCCUGGAGCCAUCAGGACGGUGGAGUCCAACAGCAUCAACAUCACCGUCCACUACCCCACCACCAUGGUGGAGCUGUGGAAGGAGUCGCCCCAGGGCUUGGUCAAAGAGGGGGAUGCUGUGGGGCUACGUUGCCAGGGCGAUGGCAACCCCCCGCCGUCCUUCAUUUUCAACAGAGAACAAGAGCUGGACGUGGACUUGGAGAGCAACAACGCCGAUGUGUUGAUGCUGUCGCCCGUGUCACGGAAAGACAGCGGCAUCUACCAGUGUCGCCCCCUGGACGCCGACGACUACGCCGAAGUCAAGGGAGAAAUGCAGCUCACCGUGCACUAUUUGGACCCGGCUGUCGUGGUACCCAAAGACUCCGAGCUCAUGCUCAAAGGAGAAGAUCUGACUGCGACCUGCAACGCUCUGUCUUCCCUGAAAACGGUCAUCGUCUGGUAUAAGAAUGGGAAGCAGGUGGGUAAUGGGAACACGUUGCACCUGAAGGAUGCCACCUAUGACACGACAGGAGAGUACAUAUGUGAGGUGACCGUUCCCUCUCUGCCCGCCCUGCACACCAGCGGCUCCGUCCACAUCAUCGUCCAAGGUGGUCCCCAGUUGGUGGGAGUGGAGCAGGAGGUGCGACUGGAGGAGGCAACCGGCAGGACGGUGAACCUGAGCUGUGAAGCUCAAGGCCAUCCGCUGCCCAGCAUCUCCUGGAACAUCAUCGGCAGCCAGAACUGGAACGAGGUGGUGAGCAAGGUCAACGAUCACGUGACCCACAGCGUGGUGUCGGUCAAAGUCACCGCGGACGUCAGCGCUUCGUGCAACGCCUCCAACGACAUGGGGACGGACGUCAAGGCCUUCAGCGUCAAAGCCAUUCCCAGAGUCACUUCGGCUGCUCCCUUCUCUCCUGCCGAGGGCAGUGGGGUGAUCAUAGUGGUGAUCAUUCUGAGUCUGCUGCUGCUCGCCAUCCUCGGCAGCGUCCUCUACUUCCUGCACAAGAAGGGGAAGAUCCCCUGCGGUCACUCGGGGAAGCAGGAGAUCAGCACCAAAGAGAAGACCACCAAAGACGACAUCGUUGUGGAGAUGAAGACCAACACCAAGAAUGAAGAAGCCGUCCUCCUCAAGGCCGUCAACGGAGACAAAAAGGGCCCCAACGACCAGUAAAGUCCCCGAUGGUUCAGCAGUGAUGUUGUGCAGCAGGAGGCAGCACAUGUGAAGCCAGC